CUGAUUGAGUCCACACUUUUUUUCUUUCUUCCCCUUUCUCUUACAAUUCACUUUCUCUCUCUAAAACACACAUUUUCUCUUUCUAGAAAAACCUUUUAUUAAUGGCAUUAAAAAACCCUAAUCUCAGCUCGCCGCCUUUUCUAUUUCCACUUAAAAACCCUUAAUCACAAUAUCUCAUAUUGUUGCUGUUUAAUUAAAAUUUGCAAGUUUGUUUAUACCAAGUAUUUGAAGUUUUUUAAGAGUUAGAACGGAGAAUGUGUGAUGGGUGGGGUUUUUUAAGUUUAGAGCAACUGUUUUUACCAUCAUUUCUACUAGUCAAAAUUUGACUCUUUGGAAAGAUCGUCAAGGACUUCAAUUUUGGCAAAAAAAAUUAGUGGGUGUUUUUAGUUGGUUGUGUUGUUGGUUGGGGUUGUCCUUGUCGGAGAUGGCGGAGGACGGCAUGAGGUUUGUUGUUGGCGGUGGGAGUGCAGCUGGUUUGGCUGUUUUGUUGAAUGGUGAGGAUGGUAAGAGGAAUUUGGGGAAAACACAUCUUGUUUCUUACUGUGAUGAUAUUGGUAAUCAGUCUGUGGAGCGAGCUCUCGAGUAUGUUUUUGGUCUACCCCAUAAAUCGCUUGGUCCGUUGACUACUUCUGUUGACAGUAAUUUGGUUCGCUCUAUAAUCAAUAAUGAGUUCCUGAAGUUUUAUGGGAGUUCUGAUAGUUUAGGUAGUAAUGGGGAUGGGAUUUGUAUUUUUGACAAUGGCUGUCAGCCUCAUAAAGUUGGGCUCGAAGAAUCAAGUGUUUGUGGUGAUAUUAGAAUCAUUAAGCCUCCUUUGCUUCUAGAAAGUUUAGCAAUGUUUAGUAGUACCAGAGCAAAUGUUUGUGUUUGGAAAGGAAAAUGGAUGUAUGAAAUUAUAUUAGAAACUUCUGGUGUGCAACAGUUAGGAUGGGCGACUCUUUCUUGCCCUUUUACUGACCGUAAGGGUGUAGGUGAUGCAGAUGAUUCAUAUGCUUUCGAUGGGAAAAGGAUUAAGAAGUGGAACAAGGACGCUGAACCCUAUGGCCAAUCAUGGGUCGUCGGGGAUGUCAUUGGGUGUUGCAUUGAUCUGGAACGGGAUGAGAUAUUGUUCUAUAGAAAUGGUGUUUUUCUUGGGGUCGCCUUUUGUGGUAUUCGCAAGAUGGGACCUGGAUUUGGGUAUUAUCCUGCUAUCUCUCUGUCUCAAGGUGAACGCUGUGAAUUAAACUUUGGGUGUCGACCAUUUAAGUACCCUAUUAAGGGCUUCCUUCCUCUUCAAGAACCUCCAACUGGAUACCUUUUGGCUGCUCAGUUGCUCCGAUGCUUGUCAAGGUUGCUGGAUUUGUGCUGUAUGCAGCGCGCUGAUAAUUCUGUAAUUGGUAAAUUAAGAAGAUUGAAAAGAUUUGUUUCACUUGAAGAGCUGUUUUAUCCUGUCUGUCGCGGGAUAUGUGAGGAAAUGUUCUGCUUGCUUGAGUCAGAUGCAGAGAGGAUCGAGUAUGUGGCAUGGGGUCCGCUUCUUUCAUUCAUGAUGGAGAUCUUUAGAGUUCAGUCACCACAUGACUAUUCAAGUUUUGAUAAAUUUAUUGAUGUCUUUCUGGAAUUUCAGGAAUCACGUUUGAUGUUUGAGCAUGUCAUCAAUGCCCUUUCAUGUGGCUGCAAAACAGCAUUGCUGGUUUUAACUGAAUGCCCAUAUUCAGGAUCUUAUUCUUACCUUGCGUUGGCAUGCCAUAUUUUAAGACGAGAGGAAUUAAUGGUCCUCUGGUGGAAGUUGUCAGAUUUUGAGUUCUUGUUUGAAGGUUUUUUAUCGCAAAAGAGUCCAAGCAAGCAGGACCUUCAUUUCUUGUUGCCUUCUGUUUGGUGGCCUGGUUCAUAUGAGGAUAUUUCGUAUGAAUCUAGCAUGUUGUUGACAACUACAGCUUUAUCUGAAGCAAUAGACAAGAUCGAGGAGAAGCAUAGAGACCUCUGUCUUUUGGUCAUACAGUUUGUACCGCCUACAACACCUCCUCAGUUACCUGGUUCAGUUUUUAGGACAUUUCUACAGAAUCUUUUGUUGAAGAAUAGAGGCGCAGAUCGGAGUGUUCCACCUCCUGGAGUUUCAACUGUCUCUGUUCUCAUUUCUUUGUACACUGUCAUACUACAUUUUCUAUCAGAAGGAUUUGCCAUGAGGGAUAUUUGUGGCUGGUUGAAGAGCUGUGAAACAAGUAAUUAUGAUGUUGGGUUUCUUCAUAGAGGGGGUGAGCAGAGUUUCCCUGUAGAUUUGUUUCUUAAAAAUGAUUCUUAUCGAACAGACAUUUCUAGGCUUGGGGGAUCAUUUAGUCAUCUUUCAAAAUCUCAUCCUGUAUAUGAUCAGGAAGUGGAAUUAAUCCAGUGGGAAGAAGGCUGUAUGGAUGACGAAGACACCCGAGUAACACAUAAAACUGUUCAAAAGCCUUGUUGUUGCUCAAGUGACGAUGUUGAAUUAUCGAAAUUGUCAAAGCAUCAAACAAGAAACGCAUCCAAAGGUUCUCGUGUCCACUGUACCCCUAUUCCAGAGAGGUCUGCUCAUGUCGGGGCAGAAUGCAGUACAGCAACUUUGAAUGAUGAGAUUGCUGACAAGCCUAGUACUAGUGAUCAAUCAGAAUCAGAGUUCAGUUAUCAGCCAAUAAGGGAUAUGAGGAUUAUGCCUAUGGAAACUAAUAUGUCGCCAGCUGCACUGAGAGAAGAAGAACUUUUAGAUACUUUGCUGUUGCUGUAUCAUUUAGGCGUUGCACCAAAUUUUAAACAGGCUUCAUACUACAUGUCUCAUCAGUCGCAAUCAAUAUCGCUAUUGGAAGAAACUGAUAAGCAAAUAAGAGAAAGAGGUUGUAGUGAACAACUACGCCGCUUGAAGGAAGUUCGUAAUGAUUAUCGAGAGGAAGUUAUCGAUUGUGUCAGACAUUGUGCAUGGUAUCGCAUCUCCCUUUUCUCUCGUUGGAAGCAAAGAGGAAUGUAUGCAACAUGCAUGUGGAUAGUCCAACUGGUUCUCAUUCUUAGCAAAGUGGAUUCUUUGUUCAUUUAUAUCCCUGAGUUUUAUCUUGAAACUCUGGUUGAUUGUUUCCAUGUUUUGAGAAAGAGUGAUCCUCCAUUUGUUCCGUCCACAAUUUUUAUUAAGCAAGGACUUGCCUCAUUUGUCACUUUUGUUGUUACCCACUUCAACGAUACAAGGAUAUUAAGCGCAGAUCUAAGGGAUCUGCUUCUCCAAUCUAUUUCAGUCCUGGUCCAGUAUAAGGAAUAUUUGGCUGCUUUUGAGAGCAAUGAAGCAGCUAUUGAGAGAAUGCCAAGAGCAUUAUUGUCAGCAUUUGAUAACAGAUCUUGGAUUCCCGUCACAAACAUCCUUUUGCGGUUGUGUAAGAAUUCUCGUUUUGGUUCUUUAAAGCACGGAGAAUCAUCAUCAUCAUCAUCUAUUAUUUUCCAGAACUUGUUGCGAGAAGCCUGCGUCGAUGAUGAAGAAUUAUUCUCAGCUUUUCUGAAUCGCUUAUUUAAUACUCUUAGCUGGACAAUGACGGAGUUCUCUGUUUCUAUUCGAGAAAUGCAGGAAAAAUACCAGGUAUUGGAGUUCCAACAAAGAAAAUGUUGCGUCAUAUUUGAUCUCUCAUGCAACCUUGCAAGGCUUUUGGAGUUUUGUACUCGUGAGAUUCCUCAAGCAUUCCUAUCCGGAACUGCGACAAACCUCCGGAGGUUAACUGAAUUAAUUGUGUUCGUUCUCAGCCACAUAACUUCAGCCGCAGAUGCUGAAUUUUUUGACUUAUCAUUUAGACGACCUGGUCAAUCAUUUGAAAAAGUAAAUCGUGGUAUGAUCUUAGCACCUCUUGUUGGGGUCAUUUUGAAUUUGUUAGAUGCAAGUGCGGAGAUGGUGUUCGGAGAGAAGAAUGAUGUUGUGGGUGUUUUUGCAAGCAUGGACUGUCCUGAUACAAUGCACUGCGGAUUCCAGUAUCUCUUGGAGUGCAACUGGGCCGGGUCUGUCAGAGGGGAAACUUAUCUUGAAAAAAUGGUUCAGCUGGAGAAUUUCUUGAGCAACCUUGUAAGACGAAUCGAGUUGCAACAAAUAGAAAGUAUGCAAUCUGGUGGAGAAACAGAUGUUGAUGAUAACAUCUGCUGCAUUUGUUAUACUUGUGAAGCAGAUGCAGAAUUUGGUCCUUGUUCCCAUAGGUCAUGUUAUGGCUGUAUAACAAGACAUCUUUUGAACUGCCAUAGAUGUUUCUUUUGCAAUGCCACCGUCGUGGAUGUCAUCAAGGUUGAUGAAAAGAGAACAUUAUGAGAAUCCGUAAUUUCUCGGUGUUGCAAUGCUUUUGAAUUCUGAGUUAUUUUUGUUUCUCAGGAUUCUCCCAGAUGGUGAUACUUGUAGGAAAGGGAGUGAAAGAAAAGAAAAGAAGAAAAUAGAGAAUAUAAUUAUUGAUCAUAUAAUAUUUUGGUUUUGUAUAGUGUGGUUGGGGGGGCUUGAAGGUGGUGGAGCGGGGUUGGGAAAGUACAACUCUCAUGGGGUUGAUUUCAGAAUUUUGUAGGGGGUACAAAUUGUGUAAAUAUGAGAUGUAAAUGGCAAUGAAAUCUGUUAGUCUUA